ACCUCGGCGGCUGCGCGCGCCAGGGCUGGAGCCAAGAUGGAGCUUUCGGCGGUGGGCGAGCGAGUGUUCGCGGCGGAAUCGAUCAUCAAGCGGCGGGUGCGGAAGGGCCGCAUUGAGUAUCUGGUGAAAUGGAAAGGAUGGGCUAUCAAGUACAGUACUUGGGAGCCAGAGGAGAAUAUCUUGGAUGCCCGUUUAAUCGCGGCGUUCGAGCAAAGAGAGAGGGAGCGGGAGUUGUAUGGACCGAAGAAACGAGGCCCCAAGCCCAAAACCUUCUUGUUAAAAGCCCGCGCACAAGCUGAAGCUCUGAGGAUCGGAGAGAUGCACUUCUCGGUGAAGCCGGGCCCUGGCAGCGCAGCCUACAAGCUGAAAAAGAACAUCCGCCGCUGCUACCGGCCGCCGUCCAAGCGAGGCCUGGGCCGGGCCGAGACCCAGCCGGCGGGCCUGAGCGGGCAGACGCGGCCCCCGCUGCCGCUGCCAGAGAGUGUGCGGAUCGUCAACCGCAAGGUGGACCCUCGUCGGCGAAAGCGGGGGCGCAUCAUCCUCAACCUGAAGGUCAUUGACAAAGGCAGCAAGGCCCUGGGCAAGGCCAAGGUCCCCUCGCGCAAUCGGGUCAUCGGCAAGAGCAAGAAGUUCAGCGAGAGCGUCCUCCGCACGCAGAUCCGCCACCUCAAGUUCAACAGCUUCUCCGUCUACGACAAGUCCUUCCACGCGCCCAUCCCCGGCCGCGGCAGGGUGGCUGAGGGGGACCCCGGCACCUCCCGCGCCGAGCCGCCCUCGCCCCCGGCCUCUGCCCCCCGUUACCCUGGCGACCCCGGCCCCCGACCGGGCUUGGAGUGGCCGGGCCCUGGGGGGGAGAGGGGCGGCGGCGGGGCCAAGGCACCCGCCGAGACCCCCAGCCCAGCUGUGCCCGACUGGCGGGAGGCCGAGGCGCUGGACCUCUCCCUGCCCCCAGAGUCGGCCGCCGCUGCCCGUCGGCCCCCACCCCCGCCACCAACACCCCCCGCUGAGCCCGAGGUGUCGGGCUGGAGGCCCCAGAUGUCGCCCUGCUCCAACGUGGUGGUGACAGAUGUCACCACCAACCUGCUCACCGUCACCAUCAAAGAGUUCUGCAGCGCUGACAACUUCGUCAAGGCCCCUGCUGUAAAUAAGUAACCCCCCCCCCCGACCCUGUCCUCACCCUGUCACUCCCCCUCCCAGGAAUCCUCAUCACACUGUCCUCCCAAAUGGCCCAGCACUCCUGUCUCACACAAUCCUCCCCCGCAUCUGGGCGAGAGGUCGCUUCCCAUUGAAAUGUUGU